AUGUAUAUCGAUAAACCUAUAUUUGUUCGAACAACACACAAAGUCGAAUAUUCAGUUGAUUAUGAUUUGGAUGAGGAAAAAAAAAAGCCGCAUGCUGCAUGUGAUUUACUUCGAUAUGAUUUAAAAAUGUGUUUAUUGGCUAGUGAUUGUUGUAAACUUGGACAUACACCAAAGGAAUGUCUUUCGAAUGAAAAAUUACGUGAAUUUGUUCCUGAUGAAUGUCGACGUUUAUCUUAUACAUUUUUUGAAUGUAAACGAUCAAUGAUUGAUAUGCGAUCUCGAUUUCGUGGCCGUAAAGGUGAAAUAUAUUAA